AUGAGGAUUUCUCUGGCUACCAGUCUUCUGCUUCUCACCUCUCUGGCCACUUCGCGUGCCAUCCCUCGUUCCGACGUCGUCGCAGGUGAUGUUGAAGCUGUGCCAGUCACGAAUGAUGCAUUCGACCUGCCAGACUUGGAGAAGAGAAGAGGCGGUGGCGGAGGCAAAGGUGGCAGUGGAGGUGGCAGCGGAGGACGAAGCGGAGGCGGAGGGAGCGGAUCAAGCAGUUCAAGCAGCGGAUCAAGCCGAGGCAGUUCAGGAAGCGGUGGAAGCAGCGGAUCGUCGUCGUCUUCUUCGUCGUCGAGCAGGAGCAACGUAGGGGGGUUCACGAAAACAGGCUCAGGGACGCCCCGUACCUAUGGGGGAGGAUCUUACUAUGCCGGUGGUGCCAGCGUUCCUUACACAGCAGGUGCAAAAUCACCUCUGGGGGUUACACCGUACUUGCUGCCGCUCGGGGCCCUUGCGGUCAUCUCGACCCUCUGGCUUUAUGACGCCUACGCCUAUCCCUGGAGCCGUCCGUACCAAUACCACAAUCUCACAACUAAUACAGAUGAAACCUUGCCGGUGGUUUGUCUCUGUCAGGAGUACUCGGAGUGCGGAUGCGACAAUAACAACAAUAGCACCUACGUGGACUCGAUCCUCGGGAAUAACCCGACGAAUUCGAGUGUAGUUUGGAUCGCGACAGUCAAUGGAACACGAACCAUUUUCAUCAACGGCACUCUGGCAAAUGGGACUACGGCUGCGGAUCCAUCUGUGUCGGCGGCGCCCGCUGUCAGAAUCAUGCGUUGGAGCAGAUACUGGGCCAUUGUGGCCAUUGUAUCAGCUAUGGUCUGGACUCUUUGA